CCAAAUUUUAGCCCCAAUUAAAUCAAUUAUCUAUCCAUUUUUCCAUUUAUAUAAUAAUUUUCCCAUCAAAAAAGCAAAUAUUCUCCAUAAUUCUUCCAUUUCCUUGUAUUCACAUUUCUGUCUCACUUUUUCUCUUCCCCAUCUCUUUGAACUGAUUCUUGAAUCUGUUUCUCUCAAUCAUCAAAUACAAACCCUUUUCAACUUUAAAGUUAUCAAUUUCAUUUUGUUGAUCUUCACUUAGUUGGAAAAUUCCAAAUCUACAUCCAAUUUGAUUCUUUGUAUCAAUCAAAUCUUUAAUUUCUGCAACAAAACCCUCUUAAUUUCUUACCUUCAAAUUGCCAAUUCCUCUAAUUUUCACCCAUUUAAUUUAAUCAAAUUAUAAUCAAUAACCCACUUCUCACAAUCACAAAAUAUCUUAAUUUUCAUUGACCCACAAAUUUUCUUGGUCAAUUUAUACCAAAAAUAGACAUUUUCCCCAAAUUUUCAAAACAGAUUCAAUUUUUUCUUUAAUCAUAGUUCAAAUGUUUAUGUAAUGCACCAAAUUGGAACUAAUACCGGAAAAGAAAAAACCCUUAAACGUUCUAGAUCAUUCUCAUUGGAUAUGCCUGCAACUGUUACUGAACAUACCAUGAUAUCCCCAAAAAUGGAUGAUGAUUGCCCUUUAUUCCCAAUUGAAGAAAUUGUGCAGUAUCCAUUACCUGGUUAUGUUGCACCCGCAUCAGUUAGUUUUAGUCCAGAUGAUAAUAUGAUUACUUAUUUAUUUAGUCCAGAUCAUAGUUUAAGCAGGAAGAUUUUCAGGUUUAAUCUUGAAACUGGAAGGCAUGAAUUGGUGUUUAGCCCUGCUGAUGGUGGACUUGAUGAGAGUAAUAUCUCUGAAGAGGAGAAGUUGAGAAGAGAAAGAGCAAGAGAAAGGGGUUUGGGCGUGACCCGAUACGAAUGGGUCAAGAUGCUGUCCUCUAAGAAGAAGAUGAUCAUGGUCCCUUUGCCCGAUGGGGUGUAUCUGUUCGAUCUUUCUUCUUCAAAAGUCUAUCUUAAGCUUCCGAGUACACCCAACUCACGAAUUAUUGACCCACAUCUUUCUCCGGAUGGUAAUAUGUUGGCUUUCGUAAGAGGCUAUGAGUUGCAUGUAUUCGAUAUCUUGUACAACAAAGAGAAGCAAUUAACAUUUGGUGCCAAAGGCACUACAUUAGCUCAUGGGCUUGCCGAAUAUAUCGCUCAGGAGGAAAUGGAUCGGAAGAACGGAUACUGGUGGUCAUCGGACAGCAAGUUUAUUGCAUUUACACAAGUUGAUUCAUCUGAGAUUCCCCUAUUUAGAAUCAUGCACCAAGGUAAGAAUUCAGUUGGUCCUGAUGCACAAGAAGAUCAUGCUUAUCCCUUUGCGGGAGCUUCAAAUGUAAAAGUUAGACUCGGUGUGGUAUCUAUUGCUGGAGGUCCUACCACAUGGAUGGAUCUUUUAUGUGGAGUAAAUAGCGAUGAGGAAUAUCUGGCUAGAGUUAAUUGGAUGCCCGGAAACAUUCUCAUUGCUCAGGUCUUAAACAGAACGCAUACCAAGUUAAAAAUUCUCAAAUUCGACAUCAAGACGGGCCAAAAGAAAGUUUUGCUGCAAGAGGAGAACGACACAUGGUUGAAUCUUCAUGAUUGUUUCACACCACUUGACAAAACAAUAAGUGGCGGUAUGGGUGGAUUUCUUUGGGCCAGUGAAAAGACGGGAUUUCGACAUCUUUACUUGCAUGAUAUUGAUGGACAUUGUUUAGGACCCUUGACGGAAGGUGAUUGGAUGGUCGAGCAAAUUGCCGGGAUUAACGAGGCAGCGGGUGUCUUGUAUUUUACAGGAACCGUGGAUGGACCUUUGGAGUCUAACCUUUACUCCGUAAGUUUGGUUCCGAAUAGGGCUCACCCACUACAGGCCCCUGUUAGAUUGACACACGGAAAUGGAAAACACAUUGUAGUACUCGACCAUCAGAUGCAGAGAUUUAUCGAUAUUCACGAUUCUUUAACCUCUCCACCUAAAGUUGUCUUAUGCUCUUUACGUGAUGGAAGCUUAAUUACAACGCUAUAUGACCAACCGUCCGGAGUUCCAAGAUUCAAGAGACUUAAACUUGAACCCCCGGAAAUAGUCCAGAUCAAAGCAAAUGAUGGAGCGAUAUUAUAUGCUUUGUUGUAUAAACCCGAUGAAUCAAGAUUUGGACCCCCACCUUAUAAAACGAUGAUUAGUGUUUACGGAGGCCCAAGUGUGCAGCUUGUUUCCGAUUCUUGGAUCAAUGCUGUGGAUAUGAGAGCUCAAUACCUGAGGAGCAAGGGUAUCUUGGUCUGGAAGUUAGACAACCGAGGAUCCGCUCGUCGUGGUCUAAAUUUUGAAGGAGCAGUAAAACACAAUUUUGGUCGCCUCGAUGCGGAGGACCAGCUUGCAGGAGCUCAAUGGUUAAUCAACAAGGGUCUAGCAAAUGAGGGUAGGAUUGGUCUCUAUGGGUGGAGCUAUGGAGGAUAUCUUUCCGCCAUGACCUUGGCCCGAUUUCCCGAUAUAUUUCGCUGUGCUGUUUCUGGAGCUCCAGUUACUUCUUGGGACGGCUACGAUACUUUCUACACCGAAAAGUACAUGGGAUUGCCUUCAGAAAAUACAACUGGCUACGAGUUUGGUUCGGUCAUGCACCAUGUUCAAAAUGUCAAAGGGAAGUUGCUCUUAGUUCAUGGAAUGAUCGAUGAAAAUGUGCACUUCAGGCAUACCGCUAGGCUUGUGAACGCACUCGUGGCUGCGGGUAAGCCUUAUGAACUCCUUAUUUUUCCAGACGAGAGGCACAUGCCUCGUGGGCUUAAGGAUCGCACAUAUAUGGAACAGAGAAUAUGGGAAUUCAUUGAGAGGAACCUUUGAAAAGCGCGGUUUUCAUUAUAUGAAACUACUAUUGGGAUGAUAAAUCAUAGAAUUACACCCGGUUUCCAUAGCUCAUGCAUAUUUUUUCUUCUUUUUUUUCGUUUUUUUCGUUUGUGCUAGGAGAUCGGGAGUGUGGAGGAAGAAUUAGUUCGGUUAGUUUGUUACUAUGUGGUAAUUCUUUUGUAAUAAUCCCUUUUUUCCCGUCUGACUUUUCCUCUAUCAACUAUAGGUUAUUUUGACACAUCCUGUAAUUUUCUCCUUCUGUUUUUGGCAAUCUGUUGGGUAUUUUUAUCCUCUUGAAGUUAGAUGAGCUUUGUUGAUGGCCAAUGUAUGACUUAAUCUUUUCUACUUUCAGUUGUGUUUGUGUGUUGUGGUAAACUUGCCUAGUAAAUCAGACCUGAAGCCUGGAGCCCAAUGAGCCUUUCGGCUAGGUACGAAAAAGGAGAAUUAUGAGUUGGCUGAAUGCUUUUUCUUUCAUCCGUGUGACAAGCUAGUGUUUAUUUCUCACUACUUACAUGAUGAUCAAUUUCUUUCUCUUACCUAUAGGAGAUUCAACUUUACUCUGAGUCCUGAAAUCAAAAAUAGUAACAAAAAAACUUUUUUGAUACGCUCGUUGUUACAUUUGGUGUAGGGUAGUAGUUUUACUUUUACUCCUUUGAUACUGCUGAAAAAAGAAGUGGAUGAGAUAAAAAGAUAAAAUGAGUAUAUCGAUGAAAUUAGUAAAGAGAGCGAGUUCAUUAUCGCUAAAUUUA